AUGCCUGGUCUUGUUAAAGCUUCCGCUGGGUCUGCAAAGAGGAAGCGGUCUUCUUCAGACAAGAGGCCUUCGAAACGUGCACGAUCCGAGAGCAGUGAGGAAGAUGGCCAGGCGCAAAUCCUCUUACUGGAGAACGAGAUAUUCGAGUCUAAGAAAAACUACAACAACGUCGCAACGCUGAUCAAGAUUCUCAAGACAGACAGCGAAGACGCCGAUGAUUCAGUGAUUGCCGCAAUCUCGUUAUGCCGAGUUUUCACAAGAUUUAUUGUUGCUGGAGACCUUGCCAACAAGAAAGGAGCCACUGACCAGGAGGCCGUGGUAGUUAAGUGGCUGAAGGAACGAUAUACCGAAUACAAGAACUCAUUAUUUGACCUACUUGGGGAAGAGGGUAUUAGUGCUACGGCAUUAGCAUUAUGUAUGAGGUUAUUGAAGACUGAAGGAGAGAAUACCCGGACUCAGGAAUACCAGUUUCCCAGCUCUUUUCUCACUGGAAUUGUGCAAGCUUUGGUGAAGCCAGAGAGUGAUGCCAAUGCUCGGAAGGAGUUCAGCGAGAAGUUUGUGGAAGAAUAUGAUGAUAUUCGAUUCUAUACAUUUGAAGCCAUCAAGAGAGUAUUGGAAGAACCUCGAAGUGCCGCAUCUGCACACCAAGUCUUUGACAAUGUUUUUGAGAUCCUUACAACCAUCGAAUCAGUACCCGAAUCAGAAGAAGAGCUCGAAGACUUUUAUAUACCAGCUCCGAAGAAGUCCAAACACGCUUUGUUCACUCUCACGAAACACAAAAAGCGGGCUCAGGAUGCUUGGUAUGCCUUGGUGACGAUGGACUUGAGCGAGGAUCAAAGGAAGUCGAUUCUUAAGAUUAUGUCUACUUCUGUUGCACCGUGGUUCAUCAAGCCGGAGCUUCUCAUGGACUUCUGCACAGAUUCGUAUAAUGCAGGUGGAUCUACCUCGUUAGCCGCGCUUUCGGGGCUGUUUUACUUGAUCCAGGAGAAGAAUCUGGACUAUCCAUCUUUCUACCAAAAGUUAUAUGGGCUUCUCGACUCCGAAAUUAUGCAUUCGAAGCAUCGGUCGAGCUUCUUUAAACUUAUGGACACGUUCUUGUCGUCAACCCAUCUUCCAGUAGUCUUAGUUGCUAGCUUCGUCAAAAGGCUUUCCAGAUUAACACUAAAUGCACCACCUGGUGGCGUUGUUACUGUUGUCCCUUGGAUUUACAAUAUUCUCCAAAAACACCCCACUUGUACAUUCAUGAUCCACCGAGUUACGAGAACGGCUGAAGGAAAGGCGCUCCUAGAGAGUGAGGGACUGGCUGAUCCAUUUCUCGUGGAGGAGGAAGAUCCUAUGAAGACACAUGCUAUUGAUAGCUGUCUUUGGGAAAUAGUCAUGUUACAGUCUCACUAUCAUCCAAACGUUGCGACGCUUGCAAAGAUAAUUUCAGAGCAGUUCACCAAAUAUGCCUACAAUUUGGAGGACUUCUUAGAUCACACAUAUGGAAGUAUGCUUGAAGAUGAACUCUCGAAGGAUGUCAAGAAGGUGCCAGUUGUAGAAUAUGAGAUACCCAAGAAAAUAUUUUCGAAGCAGGAGGAAGGUUCAGGAAAGGAGGAUAGUCUACUGGUGAAGCUCUGGGACUUCAAUUAG